UCUCCUCAUGGCCGUCCCGCCUCCGCACCGCUCGUCCGGCGCCUGCCCCGCCGGCGCUGCCGCGCACGCUGAGCCGCCGCCAUGAAGUGUUACUAUGAGGUCCUGGGCGUGAAGCGCGACGCCGCCGAGGAGGAGCUGAAGCGGGCGUACCGCCGGCUGGCGCUGCGCUGGCACCCAGAUAAAAACCUCGAGAACGCCGAGGAAGCAGCGGAGCAGUUCAAGUUAAUCCAAGCGGCAUAUGACGUUCUCAGUGACCCUCAAGAAAGAGCCUGGUACGAUAAUCACAGGGAGGCCCUGCUGAAAGGAGGAGUUGAUGGAGACUAUCAAGAUGAUAGCUUAGAUUUGCUGCGCUACUUCACUGUUAGUUGUUACUCUGGGUAUGGAGAUGAUGAAAAGGGAUUCUUUACAGUCUAUCGACAAGUUUUUGAAAAGAUUGCGAAAGAAGAGAUGGAAUACGUAACUCAAGAAGAUACUGAAGAGUUCCCUAUGUUUGGGUACGCCCAAAGUGACUAUGAUACGGUAGUCCAUCCUUUCUAUGCAUAUUGGCAGAGUUUCUGUACUCGGAAAAACUUUGCUUGGAAAGAAGAAUACGACACACGACAGGCCUCAAACCGGUGGGAGAAACGAGCCAUGGAAAAAGAGAACAAGAAAACGAGGGAGAAAGCAAGGAAAGAGAGGAAUGAGCUGAUCCGACAGCUCGUAGCUUUUAUUCGUAAAAGGGAUAAAAGAGUACAGGCUCACAGAAAACUUGUAGAAGAACAAAAUGCAGAAAAAACAAGGAAAGCAGAGGAAUUUCGGAGGCAGCAAAAGCUCAAACAAGCCAAGCUUGCUGAGCAGUAUAAAGAGCAGAGCUGGAUAACUACGUCAGACUUGGAGAGAGAGUUGCAAGAGAUGGAGGCACAAUACGAGAAGCAAUUUGGAGAUGGACCAGAUGAAGAAGAUGAAUUAGAGGAACAGGAGACAAAAGGCAUUGAAGACAAACUGAAUGAUGAGACUGAAGAUGCUGAGUUUGUUGAUGGUCUGUACUGCCCUGCUUGUGAAAAAUUGUUAAAAACUGAGAAAGCCAUGAGGAACCACAAAAAAUCAAAGAAGCAUCGAGAGAUGGUGUCACUGUUACGACAGCAACUUGAAGAAGAGGAGGAGAAAUUUUCUGUGUCCUUGGAUGAUGCAGAUGGAAUACAUACCAAAGAGGAGGAAGAAACAGAAGACAUGCCCAAGCAGAAACUCUCAAAGAAGCAGAGGAAGAAACAGAAAACAGUGAUGACUUAUGAGGACUCUUCUGAUGAAGGUGCUGAUGAAGAAGCAGUUGAACAAAAGGAAGAGCCCAUAGUGCAGAAAGACGGUAUCUUAGUGGAGGAGGUGGUAAGUGAGGGCCAAGGCUGCUGCACUGUGUCGGAGGAUGCAGUCACGACGGACGGUGUCAGCCAUGGGAAUGAGGCAAAAAGCGAAGCAAAAAGCAGUGCUAAGCCUAAAGGGAGAAAAGCCAAGGAUACAAAAAAGUCUGCUAAGGCCCUGUCAGAGCCCCCAACAACGAAUGAAGUUCCCAUCCACUGUGUAACCUGCAGCUGCACGUUUCCAUCCCGAAAUAAACUGUUUGAACACCUAAAAGCCACAGGACACGCAAAAGCAAUGCAAGCACCAUCUGUGAAUGAAGCUGUAAACAGCAGAAGCAAAAAAGAGAAACGUAAAAACAGAUAGAACUUUGCUUAGAGUGACAGUCUUCAGAACUGCACGUGAGAACUCCCACAGCUGAGAGGUGGACUGUGUCUGUCUUUGGAGUUAUAAACAGAGAAGACAAAGUCCCAAUUUUGGGGAAGAAAAGGAUGCAACUAAAGGAAUUUUAUCUUGUGGAGGAACCUAAGCUUUCUUUUGGUUUGAUUGGCCUUUCUUUUGAUGACUGGAUUUGACCCCUCCUCUUAGCAACUUUCUCACUGGGGCUGGGAAAAGUAAUUCCAAGCUACUCAUUUUCCUUUCCUGUAGAAACUUGCACAGGGAAAGUGCCCACACCGAGGAAAUAAUAAAUUAUUGGAACACA